UCAGGACCUCACCUGAGGUUCGAGGACGAGGUGGACGCUCUGCAGCCACAUGUGGACAAGCUGCGGACGCUGGGAGUGGAUAAGAUCAUCGCUCUGGGUCACUCUGGUUUCACCAAGGACCAGGAGAUCGCUAAGAAGGUCCGCGGAGUGGACGUGGUCAUCGGAGGACACACCAACACGUUCCUCUACACAGGAACUCCUCCCUCAUCGGAAGUCCCCGCAGGUCCGUAUCCCUUUCUGGUGAAAUCGGACGACGGGCGGCAGGUUCCCGUUGUGCAGGCCUACGCCUUCGGAAAAUAUCUGGGAUAUCUGAAAGUGACCUUUGACGAUGCUGGAAACGUGGAGAGGGCCACAGGAAACCCCAUCCUGCUGAACAGCAGCUUCCCGCAGGACCCAGAUGUUCUGGCUGAUGUGGAGAAAUGGAAGAAGAAUCUGGCAAACUACUCGGCUCAGGUUGUGGGACAGACUCUGGUCUUCCUGAACGGAGAAAGCGAGGAGUGUCGUUUCCGGGAGUGUAACCUGGGAAACCUGAUCUGUGACGCCAUGGUCGACAACAACAUCCGCAUCCCUGACGACGUCCAGUGGAACCACGUCAGCGCCAGCAUCUUCAACGGAGGCGGCGUCCGGGCGUCCAUCGACGAGCAGUCCAGGAACGGUUCCAUCACCAUGGAGGACCUGAUCUCCGUCUUACCGUUCGGAGGAACCUUCGACCUGGUGCAGCUGAGGGGCUCCACGCUGAGGAAAGCGUUCGAACACUCAGUGAGACGAUACGGACAGAGCACCGGAGAAUUCCUCCAAGUGUCCGGAUUUCACGUAGAGUUCGAUCUCUCCAAACCUCCAGGACGUCGUGUGACGAGCCUCCGCAUCCUCUGCACAGAGUGUCGCGUCCCUCACUACCAACCGGUGGAGGACGAGACGGUUUACACGGUGGUGCUGACGUCCUACAUGGUGAAGGGCGGGGACGGAUUCGACAUGAUCCAAAACGAGAUUGUCAAGUACAACAGCGGAGAUCUGGACAUUUCAGUCGUUUCCAGGUUCAUCGGGAAGAGAAAGAAAGUUUAUCCUCCUGUCGAAGGACGAAUCAGGAUCAAGAACUCUGCGUCGAGGCUGCAGGGACGAGCUGCUCUGCUGGUUUCACUGUCGCUGCUCUGGAGUGUGUGCGGGACCAUGUGAGACUGGACAGGAAGAAGAACCCAACGAUGUCUCACUUCUCGUCUUCACGCCGCAGUACCGCUGAUGACCACUGAGAUCUGAGCCCAACCAGAAAUUUGGUACAUUUUCCUGAAUGUGUUUCCAUGACGACAGAUCAAUGUGCUCGAGUUUGUUGUUGAGCUCAGAAACUCGUUCACAGACAGAUGAUGUGUGAAAUCUUGGUUCUGCGUCUGUAAAAAUUCUUCAAGUACGUUUUUUACAUUGGAUUCUAGAAAACUUGAGACUUGAAGAAUGUUUCUGUGAAAAAGUGACGAUUGGAAGUUUUGUCAUGUACUGCGUGUACUUGUACCAUGGCAGGAUUCUAUUGACAAAUCUAUUAUGUGAAAUAAUAAACUUUAACAUCUGAUUUUUA